UCAGCUGAGAAAGAGGAAGAAGAGAAAGAGGAAGGAAGAGACAGAAACACAGAGCGAGGGAGAGGCAGGAAGAAGGUAGAGAGACGCUGACAGAGAGAGAGAGAGCUGUAUACCAUGAGCCCAGAGGAUUAAACUGUUGCUCUGCUGAUCGGACGGUACCGGCUGUCUGUCUGUCCACCUGCAGACAUGUCUUCCCGGGCUGAGAGUAAAACAGCCUCCCAGUUUGUGUCUCUCACCAUGAAGCUGAAGGAUAAGCUCCACCCGAUCAGACGCUCUGAGCGAAUCAAACAAACCCCGUCACAGAGAGUCAAACCACCUAAUCUGAACCUGCAUGAACCCACACUGCAACACAAGCCAUGUGUGUUAGCGGACCAGCAGCGGGCCGUCGUCAGCUCUCUGCAGUACUUCAAGGCUCUGGUGGACAGACUGGGAGUGGACAAAGUGGCCCUGAACCAGUCCGUGGUGGGCGGUCUGCUGGGCGGUGCGUCUGGUGGAGUCCUGGAGGCGGUCCAGACGAUGGUCCAGCUGGAUUCACACCUGCACAACAGUAAGACCGUCUCUUCCUGUCUCACUCGUCUGUACCAGUCUGUGGCUCAGCUGAUUCGCUGGGCCGAUCAGGUGAUGCUGCAGGGCGCUGACCACGACAGCAAAGACUCCAAAGCCACCGUUACCACGGGGAUCAGGGCCGUGCUGGACGGGGUCAAGGAGCUGGUUCGAUUGGCUGCAGAGAGACAAGAUGGCUCCGCCCCCUUGUCUCCUGUCCAAUCACAGCCUGCCGUGGGACAGCCAGGUGGGUUUGACGAGCAGCAGACAUCAGACAGGACUUCUACCUGCCAGAGUUCAGGAGCUCCUGCACAGGAGGAGGAGGUGGAGGGGAAAGAGGAGGAGCAAACAGGUUUAGCUCCUCCCAAACCCCUGAUGAUCCCAGAGGUCCUCCCCCAGGUGCCCCCCCCCCAGGGGCUCAGGCCUCCAGCCCUGCCGCCUAAAAAACGCCUGUCCUCAUCAGGCCCCUCCUGCAGGGUCGCCGUAGUAGCACCAAUGAGACGAGAGCCUGAAGUAGACAGGCAAGAGGUGGAACCGGUACAACAGGAGGACGACUGUCUGAAGCGUCUCUCUUCAUCGUCUGCAGACUCUGCUGCUGAGAACACACACUGUGAGGAGGAUCCAGACUACGACUUCCUCCACACUGACCUGUCCUCCUCUGAGACUCUCCCUCCUCUUCCUCACCCCUCCUCACUCCCCCCCGCCCUGCCAGAGAAGAGACGUCGCAGCACUGCAGGAACCAUGAACCCUCAGGCCCCUUCGUUUGGAUUUGACUCCGCCCCUCAGGAACAGAGCCCCGCCCCCUGUGAUGAUGUCACUGGUCCUGAUGCGUUGCUGUCCCCUAUGUCCCCCAGCAAGACGCCCCCUCCCCUCCCUGAGAAGAAGCGACACAUCCACGAGUACCUCCAGUUCUGUUCGUCCUACAGCGCUCAGUCAGCAGCCAGCUUCUACCAGCGACCUUUGACCUCCAGUCAGCGAUACAGUAACAGGCAGCGAGAGGUGGAGACCGCUUACCAGCUCACACACCUGGAAACACACCUGGAAACGCACCUGGACACAAACACUCAAGACUCCGCCCCCUCACCUGAGCUGCUUCCUGCUCCAGUUCUACCACCAAAGAAGAGACUGCAGGAUCCAGCUGAGAGCGACGAUCAGAAUGAGGAGACGCAGCGCAGAGACAGUUCUCAGGGUCUCCAGCAGGAGGCGGAGCCCGGCAGGAGGAGCAGGGAGCAGCAGGAGCAGGAGGAGGUGUUACUGACCAACCACAAGGAGAUCCUCCACAGAAUCACAAUGAAACCUGAGGAGGAGGAGGGGCCGGACGUGAAGGCAGCCUCACCUGACAUCCUAUUGGUCUACGCCACAGAGACGGACAAGAGCCCCGAACAGGGCCUGUACCGUGAAGCCUUCCUCUGCACCUACAGGAGCUUCAUCAGCCCAAACGAUGUCAUCAGCAAACUCCAGCACAGGUACAGACACCUGUGUGAAGGACGGGAGCCUGCAGACCUGACCGCCGCCAAGAAGACUUUUCACCUGCUGGUCAGAGUGGUGGACGAGCUGUGUGCGAUAGAGCUGGACUCUGAUUUGCUGCUGCUGCUGAUGGACCUGGUGUUCAGCCUCCUGAUUGGUGGAGAGCUGGGUCUGGCCCACCUGUUGCGCUCCAACAUCCUGUCCAAGAUGGAGCAGAGGUGGCAGCUGAUUGGCUCUCCUCAGUCACUCCGCCCCCUCGCAGCCAGGGGCGUGGCCGCCAGACCAGGAACUCUUCUGGACUUCAGGAGUCAGGAUUUAGCUGAACAGCUGACUCUGCUGGACUCGGAGCUCUUCUGCAAGAUCGAGCUCCCGGAGGUGUUGCUGUGGUCUAAAGAGCAGAAUGAGGAGAAGAGUCCUAACCUGACACAGUUCACCCAACACUUCAACAACGUCUCCUUCUGGGUGCGUUCGGUGAUCAUUCUUCAGGACAAACCUCAGGACAGAGAGAAACUACUGCUGAAGUUCCUGAAAACCAUGAAGCACCUGCGGAAGCUGAACAACUUUAACUCGUACCUGUCCAUCCUGUCAGCCCUGGACUCCGCCCCUCUACGACGUCUGGACUGGCAGAGAAACACAUCUGAGGCUCUGGAGGAAUACAGCUCUUUGAUUGACAGCUCAUCAUCUUUCAGAGCCUACAGAGCAGCUCUGGCUGAAGUGGAACCUCCCUGUAUACCCUACCUGGGUUUGAUCCUUCAGGACUUGACCUUUGUCCACCUGGGGAAUCCCGACAUGGUGAUGACAUCACAGGGUUCAAACGUCAACUUCUCUAAACGGUGGCAGCAGUUUAACAUCCUGGACACUCUGAGGGGCUACCAACAAGUUCGUUACUCUCUGCAGCCUAAUGAUGACAUCAUAUCGUUCUUUAAUGACUUCAGUGAUCACCUGGCAGAGGAAGCAUUGUGGGAACUUUCUCUUAGGCUACGCCCACGAAAUGCCCCAAGAGCCAAUCAGAGAUGACAGACGAAAACAAGACAAUAACUGAGUUAACCUGUGCUAGCUUAAUGCUAACAUGUUGAUGAUGAAGAAUGAGGUGGAUAAACCUGGUGCUAACCUGAGGUAAAGUGGUACUGAACUGGACUAGACCGGUGCUGGUCUGGUGCUAAUGAGUCACUGAAAUAAAGCUGUUGGCAUACUGGGCUAAUCAUGGCUAAUAGUGUGCUAACAUGUGCUAAACUGGGCUGUUCCUGCAAUAAGCUGCAACAACCUGAACAUUUUGUGGAAACACAGGUUAGUCGGGUGUUAGCUGAGGUUGGAGCUAGCCUAGUAGCCAGGGGCCGGUUGCACAAAAAACUUUAAGAUAAGAUUUUCUUUAAAGUCUGAGUUAAGGUUUCCUUAAAAUACAUUUGGUUGCACAAAACACCCAUAUAGCUUCCCCUUAAAGUUUUCUUAAAAUGUUCACUUAAGUAUUUGAGGUUUUCUCCUUAUCUUGGUCUUAUACUUAAGGAAUCCCUUAAGUGUGUUAAACUGAUGCAUAAAAGACCUAAGCAACCAAACUAAGGAAAAAAAUUUAAGGUACCUCUGGCUUUAUCUUAACCGCAACACGGUUGAGUUUAUGGCCAUAAAUGAAGAAAAUUUACAUAUCAUGAGAAGAGUUCCGCGACCGGGAGAAUCCAAUGGAUACGCUAAACGAUGAGCAAAACAAGAAGGCUGUCAAAUUCAUCACUAGCUAGUAAUACAGUCUAGUUUAGAUCUAUAGCGUAAAUAAAGUUAUUCUCAGCAGUUUUAUUGGGUUUGCUUUCAUUAUUGGUGAUCUCUGACUUGUCAUACUUAUUUUGGAUCUCUUGGAUGAACCUCUUCACAAGACUUGAAGACUUGAAUUUUUUAAGCGAUAUCCUCCCACAUUUGUUGUUUUCUGUUUGCUGUUAUUUGCAGAUAAAAUUUACUUUUUUAUAUGUGCUUUCUUUUAUGACAUUCCUCCAGCAGUACGACAUUUUCCUCCUUCGACCUAUUUGGUUUUCUUGUCUUCUUUUCUUUCCAACUUUGUAACAGUUUAAGUGCUGGUGCAAGCAAACACGGUGACAUUAGAAUUUUACUACUGUAAAUUCUCCAUCAGUGCAGCAAACACCUUAAUGCUUUCCCUUAACUAAGGAAACGCUUAAAGGGAUUCUGUGCAACACGCUAAGUAGUUUCCUUAGCUAAGGAGAAAUUAAGACUUAAGUAUCACACUUAAGUUUUUUUUCUUAAGUUUUUUUUGUGCAACCAGCCCCAGGUGUUAACACGCCUCUGACCUGUAGUCCCAGUGGGCGUGGCCUCCUUCUGUAUCUGACGUCAGAACUGUAUGUGUAUUCAGAGCAAUAUCACAAUAAACAUCACUUCUCACCUGUC